GAAAAAUAAAAUUGUAAAGUCUCAAUGAAAAGCCCUCUCUCUCUCUCUCUCUCGCAUACUGUUGCGCAUUUACAUACCUACCUGCAGGUCCUGCACCAACAUAUCUCUAAUUUGUAGUGUUUUUAUCACUCUGCAGUCUGCACACCACCGCAUCAGGAUCUGUGUAUAUGACGGCUCGCUUCGGAUUUCGUAUUUAGGAAAUUCUCUUAACGGAACGUACAAGAUGGCUCACCCUGGUGGUGGUGCAGAGGCCCAUGCUCGGUUCAAGCAGUACGAGUAUAGAGCUAACUCGAGCCUUGUCCUCACCACUGACUCUCGCCCUCGCGACACCCAUGAGCCUACUGGUGAACCAGAAUCCCUUUGGGGGAAGAUUGACCCAAAAUCCUUUGGGGACCGAGCUUAUAGGGAUAAACCCCCUGAAUUGGAGGAGAAGCUCAAGAAGUCCAAGAAGAAGAAGGACCGGGAGGCUGUUUUUGAUGCUGCUCCUCCUAGGAGCAAAAAGAGGCGCCUUCAGGAAGAAAGUGUCCUCACUUCUUCGGAUGAAGGUGUUUAUCAGCCCAAGACUAAGGAGACAAGGGCUGCUUAUGAAGCCAUGCUCAGUGUUAUUCAGCAACAGUUGGGUGGGCAGCCUCUCAAUAUUGUAAGCGGUGCUGCUGAUGAGAUUUUGGCCGUCCUCAAGAAUGAAACCAUCAAGAAUCCUGAUAAGAAGAAGGAGAUUGAGAAGUUGUUGAAUCCCAUUCCCAACCAUACUUUUGACCAGCUGGUAUCAAUUGGGAGGCUUAUCACUGAUUAUCAUGAUGGUGGUGAUGCUGGCGAUGCUGCUGUUAAUGGAGAUGAUGGCCUUGAUGAUGAUGUUGGUGUUGCUGUUGAGUUUGAGGAAAAUGAAGAGGAAGAGGAAGAGAGUGAUCUGGAUAUGGUACCUGAGGACGAAGAGGAUGAUGAUGAUGUGGCAGAAGUGGAUGGUUCUGGGGCUAUGCAGAUGGGUGGUGGAAUUGAUGAUGAUGAGGAGCAGGAAGCCAACGAGGGAAUGACCUUGAAUGUUCAGGAUAUUGAUGCGUAUUGGCUUCAAAGGAAGAUCUCGCAGGCUUAUGACCAGAAUAUUGAUCCGCAGCAGAGUCAGAAGCUUGCAGAAGAGGUCCUGAAAAUUCUUGCUGAAGGUGAUGACCGUGAAGUUGAGACCAAGCUGUUGGUUCAUCUGCAGUUUGAUAAGUUUAGUCUUAUCAAAUAUUUAUUGCGGAACAGGUUGAAAGUAGUAUGGUGUACCCGCCUGGCAAGAGCUGAAGACCAGGAGAAGAGAAAAGAGAUUGAAGAGGAAAUGAUGGGGUUAGGACCUGAUCAUGCUGCAAUCCUGGAGCAAUUGCAUGCCACUCGAGCUACUGCAAAGGAGAGGCAGAAGCACUUGGAGAAAAGCAUUAGGGAGGAGGCUCGGCGACUGAAGGAUGAAACUGGUGGAGAUGGUGAUCGCGAGCGUCGCGAGCUAGUUGAUAGAGAUGCUGAUGGUGGUUGGUUGAAGGGUCAGCGACAACUGCUUGACCUUGAGAGCCUUGCCUUUCACCAAGGUGGCUUGUUAAUGGCAAACAAAAAAUGUGAGCUUCCUGUGGGUUCUUAUAGAAAUCAUAGGAAGGGUUACGAAGAAGUUCAUGUGCCAGCUCUGAAGCCAGUGCCAUUGGCUUCUGGAGAAAAACUUGUGAAGAUCUCUGACAUGCCUGACUGGGCACAACCAGCUUUCAAAGGAAUGAGCCAGUUGAACAGGGUCCAGAGUAAAGUUUAUGAGACCGCACUAUUCAGUGCAGAAAAUAUCUUAUUAUGUGCUCCUACUGGGGCUGGGAAAACAAAUGUUGCGAUGCUUACGAUACUUCAGCAGAUUGCUUUGAAUAUGAAUGAAGAUGGGUCAAUUAAUCACAGCAAUUAUAAGAUUGUAUAUGUUGCGCCUAUGAAGGCUCUGGUUGCUGAGGUGGUGGGCAACCUUUCUAAUCGUCUGGAGCAAUAUGGUGUCAAGGUUAAAGAGCUGAGUGGAGAUCAAACGUUGACUCGUCAGCAGAUUGAAGAGACUCAAAUUAUAGUAACAACCCCUGAGAAGUGGGACAUCAUUACCAGAAAAUCAGGUGACCGAACAUAUACACAGCUUGUAAAACUUCUCAUUAUUGAUGAAAUCCAUCUUCUGCAUGAUAAUAGAGGUCCUGUACUUGAAAGUAUUAUUGCAAGAACUGUUAGGCAAAUUGAAACCACAAAAGAGCACAUUCGGCUGGUUGGCUUGUCUGCUACACUUCCAAACUAUGAAGAUGUGGCAAUAUUUUUGCGGGUUAAAUUAGACAAGGGGCUCUUCCAUUUUGAUAAUAGCUACAGGCCUGUUCCUCUGGCUCAGCAGUACAUUGGGAUUACAGUAAAGAAGCCAUUACAGAGAUUUCAGUUGAUGAAUGAUGUGUGUUACGAGAAGGUUAUUGGUGUUGCUGGAAAACAUCAAGUGCUGAUCUUUGUGCACUCCAGGAAGGAGACGACCAAGACAGCUCGUGCAAUUCGUGAUACUGCUCUUGCUAAUGACACUCUUGGUAAAUUCUUGAAGGAGGAUAGUGCAAGCCGUGAAAUUCUUCAGAGUCACACCGAGCUGGUGAAGAGCAGUGAUCUCAAGGACCUACUGCCAUAUGGUUUUGCAAUUCAUCAUGCUGGGAUGGUUAGAGCUGACCGGCAAAUUGUUGAGGAGCUUUUUGCAGAUGGCCACGUGCAAGUCUUGGUUUCUACUGCAACUCUGGCCUGGGGUGUCAAUUUGCCUGCUCAUACUGUUAUUAUUAAAGGUACUCAAAUAUACAAUCCAGAGAAAGGAGCAUGGACCGAGUUAAGCCCUCUAGAUGUCAUGCAGAUGCUUGGUCGUGCUGGAAGGCCUCAGUAUGACACCUAUGGUGAAGGCAUAAUUAUAACAGGACAUAGUGAAUUGCAAUAUUAUCUAUCUUUAAUGAAUCAGCAGCUUCCGAUUGAAAGUCAGUUUAUCUCGAAAUUGGCUGAUCAGCUGAAUGCAGAAAUCGUCCUAGGAACUGUGCAGAAUGCUAAGGAAGCGUGCAAAUGGCUCUUAUACACUUACCUUUGUGUUCGCAUGGUGCGGAAUCCUACCCUCUAUGGUUUGGCACCUGAUGUUCUGAAACGAGAUGAAACUUUGGAGGAAAGAAGAGCUGAUCUGAUCCAUUCAGCUGCUACAAUAUUGGAUAAGAAUAACCUGGUGAAGUAUGAUAGGAAAAGUGGAUAUUUCCAGGUCACUGACUUGGGCCGCAUUGCUAGCUAUUACUAUAUAACUCAUGGGACAAUAUCAACAUACAAUGAGCAUUUAAAGCCAACAAUGGGUGAUAUCGAGCUUUGUCGUCUGUUCUCCCUUAGUGAAGAGUUCAAAUACGUAACUGUGAGACAGGAUGAGAAGAUGGAAUUAGCCAAGCUUUUAGACCGCGUUCCAAUACCAAUCAAGGAGAGUCUGGAGGAACCUAGUGCAAAAAUUAACGUUUUACUUCAAGCGUAUAUUUCACAGUUGAAGCUUGAAGGACUGUCAUUAACAUCUGACAUGGUUUUUAUUACUCAGAGUGCUGGACGUCUAAUGCGUGCUCUAUUUGAGAUAGUUCUGAAGAGGGGAUGGGCCCAAUUGGCCGAGAAGGCUUUGAAACUAUGCAAAAUGAUAGGCAAGAGGAUGUGGAGCGUGCAGACACCGCUCCGUCAAUUUCAUGGUAUUCCAAAUGAAAUUUUGAUGAAGUUGGAAAAGAAAGAUCUGGCCUGGGAAAGGUACUAUGAUCUCUCUUCGCAGGAGAUUGGUGAACUCAUUCGUUUUCCUAAGAUGGGAAGAACACUCCAUAAAUUUAUUCAUCAGUUCCCUAAGCUAAACCUGAGUGCCCACGUUCAACCAAUUACUCGCUCUGUUUUGAGGGUUGAACUGACCAUUACCCCUGAUUUCCAGUGGGAUGACAAAGUCCAUGGGUACGUUGAGCCGUUUUGGAUCAUUGUUGAGGAUAAUGAUGGCGAAUAUAUUCUUCAUCAUGAAUAUUUCAUGCUGAAGAAACAGUAUAUUGAUGAGGACCAUACUCUGAAUUUCACCAUACCCAUAUAUGAACCGCUACCUCCUCAGUACUUCAUUAAUGUUGUGUCUGAUAGAUGGCUAGGGGCUCAGACUGUUCUUCCAGUUUCUUUCAGGCACCUCAUUUUGCCUGAGAAGUAUCCACCUCCAACAGAGUUGCUGGAUUUGCAGCCCCUUCCUGUGACAGCACUGCGGAACCCGGCAUAUGAAGCCCUUUAUCAACAAUUCAAGCAUUUCAAUCCUGUCCAGACCCAGGUCUUUACCAUCUUGUAUAACUCAGAUGACAAUGUUUUGGUUGCUGCGCCGACUGGUAGUGGGAAGACCAUAUGUGCUGAGUUUGCCAUUCUAAGAAAUCAUCAAAAAGGACCUGAUAGUGUCAUGCGGGCUGUGUAUAUUGCUCCUGUUGAAGCUCUUGCAAAGGAACAGUAUCUUGAUUGGAAGAAAAAAUUUGGAGAGGGUCUUGGAAUGAGAGUGGUUGAAUUGACAGGGGAGACUGCAACCGACUUGAAGCUUCUUGAGAAAGGUCAAAUAAUUAUCAGCACCCCUGAGAAAUGGGAUGCUUU